CAUUCGCCAUCAUCAUUCGCAUUUUCCGAUUCGCAUUUACGCCUCUGCGUACAUAAUUUUCUAUUAGGAAACUGGUUUAGUUGCCCUGGCAUAAUACUGAACAAAAACAAACACAAAACCUAUAAGCAAACCAAGUGAAGUCAUCACUCGUCACGUCAGUCAUCUCGAAUUUGAAUUUCUAUUCUGUUUGUUAUUGAUUGUUUUUAAUUGAACUUAAACAAAAUGUUGAUAACUCGCGUUGCUCCCUCAUUGGCAAAAAUAACUCAGUCGCAGCUCCGAUGUGCUUCUUACCCAUCUGUGCUCCUGCGGUCUGUAAACAAAAUGGCAACAGUUAACAAAAUGUCAACAAGUGUACUUGGAAGGGAGCCAAACAAUCAAUCAGACUCUGCACUUUUAAUGAGAUCACACAACUCAACCAUUUGCAAAUCCUAUUCGACAAAACAACCCGAACUUCCAUCGAAGCAAGAACUUGAAAAGUAUUUUUUCAAAGUAACUGUUGUGAUUUGGGAUUUGAUGUGGGCGAUCAUGAUGUGGUCAUGGAGCAUGUGCAGGAAGCACAUCAUCAAUAAUCCGUCUGUCCAGUCAAAUUGGAAGACAUUCAAUGAGAAACUUGAGGAAGCUCGAAAGAAUUAAGAACUCUUAAUUUUGCAUUUUUGUUUUUGUUGCUUAAUCAAACUUCAUAGAACUGAGAAAUGGAGUUUCUAUGAGCUCUACUAAUCGCAACAAAACAAUUUAUUGUUAUUAUUUUUAUAGCUAACAUUACAAGAUUAUUAAACUUUCGUUUGUUUUAAUUUAAAACUAUAACAAAAA